GGUCCAUUCUAUGUAAAUGUAUUCCUCUUCCACCCGAGACAAAACCUACAACGGGAAUAUAAUAGCCUCAAAAUUGCGAUGUCGGUGGUCACGGUGUCAAAAGGCGACCUUAGCUUCCAAAGCUUCCGGGCCAACUUGAUAUAGCCCCGGCUAUCGGCACCCGGAGAUAACUUAGUCAAUCCACUGAUUGGCUGUCUCGCAAAGAAUGCGGAGUAGACUAACAGUGUUAUCACCCGUCUCAAGCUCCGUGGCAUCGCUCCCCGCAAUCGGCAGUCAUGAUAUCGCAGCCAUGAUCUGCCUAUAAAAGGCAUGGAUGGCCUAAGGAUCGGGGCUUCGUUGUCGCCCACGCUCAUGUCUAACUCGUUCUUAGAGGCUCCUCACCCUUUUGCUUCACCAUGAACCCUGAAUACCCCAUCCCUUGGGAGGCCCGCGCCGCGAAGAAGCGGGAAGACACUCUCGCAAAGAUUCCGGCAGGAUGGCGACUAAGUCCUGCAGACCUCGAGCUUGCGGCCAAGCAGCGUGAUCUUACCGGGCCAUUUAUCGAACGCUUUCUGGAACCUGAGGUCAUUGAUAUCGUCAAAACGGACAGUGUUCCCCUUGUCAACGACAUCAGGACUGGAAAACGGUCGGCGGUGGAGGUCACGAAGGCAUUUUGCAAGACGGCGGCCGUUGCUCAUCAGAUUAAUAACUGUCUCCUCGAGAUCUUUUUCGACGCCGCCAUCAAGAGAGCAGAGGAACUCGAUGAGUAUUUCCGAGUAAACGGCAAGCCCGUCGGCCCACUUCAUGGUUUACCCAUCAGCUUGAAAGACCAAUUCCACGUCAAAGGCGUCGACACCACCAUGGGCUACGUCGGCUGGAUAGGAGGGAACAUGGGCAUCACCGACCCUACCCAGACGCACCAAGUCGAAAGCCAAAUCACCAAAGAGCUCUUAUCCUGCGGUGCCGUGCUAUACUGCAAAACCAGCGUCCCGCAAACUCUCAUACUCGGCGACACCUAUAACAACGUCAUAGGUCGAACUCUCAACCCCCACAACCACAACCUCUCCUGCGGCGGCUCAUCGGGAGGAGAAGCGGCGCUUAUGGCUCUGCGCGGGAGCACACUCGGCGUUGGCACCGACAUUGGCGGAUCGGUUAGGAUCCCGGCCGCGUUCUGCGGUAUCUUCUCCCUGAAGCCGACUCCGGAGCGAGUGUCGUAUCGGGAUGCGGCGAAUACGAAUCCGGGGCAGAAUACUUACCGCUCUGCGCUGGGGUUUAUUAGUACUUCGCUUGAUGGCUGCGAGCUUGCUCUAAAGUCUCUGUUGUCCACACGGCCAUGGCUGCAGGAUCCAGCUGUGGUGCCUAUUCCUUACCGACAGGAUGUUUUUGAUGAUGUGUUGUCUCGUGCGGAUGCGGGUGGCAGAGCAAAGGCAGACCGGCCACUGAAGCUUGGGAUCCUGUGGAGAGACGGCAGCGUCGAGCCUCACCCGCCUAUUCGCAGGGGAAUGGCGAUUGUCGCUGAGGCGGUAAAGAAAGCUGGUCAUAAGCUCGUGGACUGGAACCCACCUCCUCACGCAACUGCCCAAAAGAUCCACUACUCCUUCCUCCUAGCCGACGGCGCCCGCGACGUCCACGACCACCUCCUUCUCUCCGGGGAGCCCCUGAUCGCCGACCUCCAAGCGCACUUCAACCUCAAAGACCCCAUCCCCCUGCUGGAGUACCAAGACCUCACCAUUCAAGGACUGGCUUACGAGCAGGCCUACUCGGAUUACUGGAACUCCAUGUCGGGAGAUGACGGCCAAGAAGUCGACGCUAUCAUCAUGCCCGUCGCGCCCCACGCUGCCGUGAUCCCGGGAAGGUGGUACCACCUUGGGUACACGGAGGUUAUCAACUUGCUGAAUUAUAGCGCGGCGGUGAUUCCGGUUACGAAGGCGGAUAGGGGGGUUGAUGGGGUUGAUGGGACGUAUCGGCCGGUGAAUGAGGUUGAUAGGGCGAAUUGGGAGUCUUGUGAGUUUUUCGCUGGAGGAUUUGUUGUGCGACUGGAGCUAACUAUGCGUUUUUAGAUGACCCGGAGAUCUACCAUGGUGCGCCCGUGGGGGUGCAGAUUGUUGCGAGGAAGUUUGAGGAGGAGAAGGUAUUGGGUAUUGCGAAGUUGGUUCAUGCUGCGCUUUUGUCUGCCCAGUCUGCUUGAGAUUGCUGAGGAGCUGUUAGACCGCCGUCUUGGUCAUCGGGGCCGGCGGCAUCGAUAUUCGUGGUCUGGCGUAGAGACCGCGAAGGAGGGCCAACGGGCUGGGUUCGUGGGUAUGACGGCAUUAUCGAUUCAUGAGGUAUGGUAUUCGCUUUGAAUAAUUGAUAUAUUGCUUCCGCGCAAUGGAAAAAACAUAAUUCGGUGUAUUAUCUUUGUCGUGUUCAUGAUAGUUAGAGAGACUCAACAUGGGAAAUGGAUGUGUUGUUGACUGUCGGGUGUCGUGCGAAAGGAGGG